AUGAUUGCAUUUGUGGUAUUUUUUUGGAAAUUUUCACCUACCAGAGCAUUUUCUAUGCCUCCUCAUCCACCAUCACCAACUGAUCCAAUUCCAUCAUCGAAUGGUCGUGUUAUUCGUGGUUUAUUAUUAGCUGCUGCUGCUGCUCUCUUAUAUUCUGGUGGAAAAAAUUAUUUUAAUUUAAAACAAUUCAAUGUUUUAAUUCAAAUGUUAAAGCGAGAUCAUAAUAUCUAA